AAACACAACUACAUACCAGCAUCUAACUGAAAGAAAUACGUUGGCCAUAUAUUUAACGGCAUCUGUUUCUUAUGAUGUGCAGUCAGUUGCUGCAAAAGUGGCCGACUUCUCAUCCACGAUUACGUCACUUCCGCCGCCUAAAACCCAGGAGGAGACGGAACAAGCUGUGAAAUUACCUAUUUCCCUCUACAAUGGAAUUUCUACUAAACCACUGUAGCUGAUGGCAGGAAGUGUGCCAGAAUGCAGCAUCAUUUUAAAACAGAAUCAUCCAGUUGCCUGAUAAAGUCUUAGUUCUCCACUGCUGUUCCCAGUGAGCAAACGCAUGUCGCGAAUCAGGACCACAUUGGACAGUGUCACCAAGGCAGUAGGCAGCACUGACCUCAUCUCCAAGUUCUCCCGCUUCAAGCCUGGCAGUGCCUCAGUGGACAGCAGCACCCAUGUGGAAAAAGUUCUGACCAAAGCCGAGACCUCGUCCUCUAACAACACAGCAGCGCCACCUGAAACCACCAUGAAAGAAGCAGCAGAAGGCGAGAGUAAAACAGCUGAGGAAGAGCCAGACAAGCAGCAGCAGCAAGUUACAGAAAAUCCUUUUGUUGCCACAAAGAAGUCCACAUCAGGAUUAAGCUCUUCCUCUUCUGUGGCAAAACACACAUCACAGCUGUUUCACCCAGCAGCUCUGUCUAGUAACAUGGAUGAGACGUACACAACUCUGGCUCUGCACAUCAAUAGUUACUUUGGCACCAGUGCACCAGUGGAAGAAGUAGACAACAGGCCACUGCAGCAGAGCAGAGAAGGGGGUGAUCCUGUUUCAGAGCCCACUCUCAGCGCUCUUACAACUAAGGACCACAUUCCUAUUUUGUCUCCAGUGGCUAAAAGUAUUGAAGCACCCACUACCUCUCCAUCUCCCUCAGACAAGCUCAUUCCUCCAGCAGGGACGUCCUCCCCUGCCAUCCCUGCGACUGAAAGUGAAGCUCAGUCCAUCCCUGUGCCCGCUGCCUCCACUAAAAAAGGCUUCACCCACUAUCUCUCCUACCCUCGACCCAGCGUUCAGGCGUUCGUCGGCAGCUACAUCACACCCCUGGUCCCAAAGUUCAGAGGUGAUUCGAAAAGCAUUGCCGCUCCAAAAGACAAGCCUUCAGCAGUCGCUGUUGAAGAGCCAACUGUGGACAAAGCAGCAAAGAAAGCAGACAGUGAAGAGGAGAAAGAUAAGCAAAAGCGGUUAAUUCAAAGAGAGAAGAUAAUAGCCAGGGUGAGUGUAGACAGCCAGACCCGGUCUCUGGUGAAAGGCCUGCAGAGAGUGAAUGAUGUCAAGCUCCUCACCAGCCGAGUGGAGGAGCUCAGCUUUCACAUCCUGGAGUUCCCCGAGACAAGAGGUGUUGCCAUCAAGGAGAGCGUGCUGCCCUGCCUGCUGAGACUGAGGCAGGCUAGAGACCUCCCCCUUCAGGCUGCCGUGAGAGAAGCUCUGGCUCUGAUUGGCUACGCCGAACCAGUCAAAGGCAGAGGAAUACGGGUCCUGACCAUAGACGGAGGCGGAACAAGGGGACUGCUGGCCCUGCAGACUCUCUAUAAACUGCAGAACAUGACCGGCAAGCGCAUCCACCAGCUGUUCGACUACAUCUGUGGAGUCAGCACCGGUUCUAUUCUGGCUUUCAUGCUGGGUAUCUUUCAGAUCCCACUAGAGGAAUGCGAGGAGAUGUACAGGAAGCUGGGCUCGGAUGUCUUCAAACAGAACGUCAUCGUUGGAACCGUAAAGAUGGGCUGGAGCCACGCUUUCUACGACAGUGAAAUAUGGGAAAACAUCCUCAAGGAACGGAUGGGUGAGGGGCGUAUGAUUGAGAGUGCCAGGGACCCUCACUGCCCUAAAGUGUCAGCAGUGAGCACCAUUGUGAACAGGGGUUUACCUCUGAAGGCCUUCACGUUCAGGAACUACAGACUCAUGCCAGGAGUGAGAUCCCACUACCUUGGAGACUGCAACCACAAAAUGUGGCAGGCUAUCAGGGCCUCGUCUGCCGCGCCGGGAUACUUCCAGGAAUUCGUCCUGGGAAAAGACCUCCAUCAGGAUGGAGGCCUCCUCAUCAACAACCCCACAGCGUUGGCCAUCCAUGAGUGCAAGUGUCUGUGGCCUAACACCCCGCUGCAGUGUGUGUUGUCUCUGGGCACGGGACGGUACGAGACGGUGGACAAAAACAGCACGACCUACACCAGCCUGAAGACCAAGCUCUCACACGUCAUCAGCAGUGCCACGGAUACUGAGGAGGUGCACACCAUGCUGGACGCCCUCCUCCCCCCUGGCACUUACUUCCGCUUCAACCCCUACAUGAGCGAGGACAUCCCGCUGAACGAGAGCCGCCCCGAGAAGCUCAACUUCCUGAAGGGCGAGGCCGAGCGCUACCUGGAGCGCAACGAGGCCAAGCUGAAGAAGGCUGCCAGCGUGCUCUGCCAGGAGAAGAGCACCAUCCAGAGGGUGGCCGAGUGGGCCAAGCUCAAGGCCGACAUGUACGAGGGGCUGCCCUUCAGCUCCAAGCUCUAGUUAUCUGCCUGGCAACAGUGUGGGUUUUUAAGGUAAGAAGAACUCCCAAGACCUGAUCGAUUCAGGCCAAACUGGACCUUUUAUUUUUAAGCAUUUUUUUUUGGCCUUUUUUUUUAAAUCAUCAUUUACACUGUAUAAGGACUGUUUCAUUAUGAUGAUUCAUUAAAAAAGACAAUACUAUACUGUAAAUAAUAGUGUGAAAUUACAUAUGUGGUGUGUUUUUAGUUGGACGCAAUGUGUCUUUGAUGGAGACGGAGUAUUAACUUUGAUAAGAAUCAAGCAGGUUUGGACGCUUAAUGAAAUAAUUUACUUGAAUAAUUACAGAAAGGAAUUUUUUCUGUACAUAAAUGUAUGAAUUUUAACUGGCUUAAAGUGUUGGUGGACUAAACGCACAAGCACGGUAAUGUGGCACAGACUCAUGACCACAAUAUGAAGAAUUAAUGAUCACUGUAGUUAUUUAGAAAUGAUAUGGACUGACUUGAAUACAUUAAGAUGUAAUUAACACAUGGUUGCCCAGUGAAACCAUUAAAACGACUGCCUACACUACAGGAGAAAGACCUCAUGCACUUUGUAAACUUUUUACUAAGAAAAUGUAAAUAAUAUUUGAAGUAAUUAUGAAAUACUUAAAUGGGGUUGCUAGAAUUUAGGAAUACAGCAACAAAAAAAAAAAUAGUGCUGAUUUUGACUUUACUUGAUUGACGCAGACACUGGAAUCUGUUUCUGAUACUAAUGACAAUAUAUCAGAAUGCGAUUUAAUGUUUUCCUCAUGGCAUGUUCUCCUUUGUGGCCCAUUAUUUAGUACGAAGCUUUUGCCUUUAAUUCCUCUUUGUCCCACAUUUCAAGAAAGUGACACAAUAUUUACAUUUGGAGAAUUCUAACCCCCCUGAUACCUCCCUAAUUUAUAGCUUGGUUGAAUGCGAUAAGAAAUGUCAUGAAAAAAUAAAACUUCAUAACAUUGAUAUAUGA